AUGGUACUCGCGAGAUUUGCUAACGAGUCUACUUCGUACAACAGAUACAACCUUGUUGUACCCCGUGACAAAGACGAUUUUAGACCUAUUGACGAUAUUUUCCAAGUCAUCGAAACUGUGUCCCAAAAUUACAUACCGGAGGACGAGGCGGACUAUUUUGAUAAUGAGUCAACCGGGAUUAAGAGAAGACUACGACGAGCGCUCGCCCACGCAUCCGAAGCGGAGUUUCGAAACGUCGUAACGGAUUAUAACGAAGCGAUCGAACGAUUAAGACGCGACGGCAGCAUCGCACAAAAACUCGACUCGACUCAUCGGUUGAAUUUACCCCUCGUCGAGAGAAUCUUAACCCAAAUUUAUUCGCGCACUGUGUCACCUCGGGUUGAAUCACUCCGUCAAUAUGAAAACGGAACGGACAACGUUUACGGAGAAUUACUACCUCGUUUCAUCAGCACCAUCUUCAAAGAGACAGGAUUGAAGUCGGGUCAGGUUUUCGUCGAUCUAGGAUCUGGCGUGGGUAACGUUGUUUUGCAGGCGGCACUGGAGAUUGGGUGUGAAAGCUGGGGCUGCGAAAUGAUGCAGAAUGCGUGUGAACUUGCUGAACUCCAGCAGACCGAGUUCAGGGCUCGAUGUCGCCUAUGGGGAAUUGCACCUGGGAAAACACAUCUCGUUCGGGGGGAUUUCCUCAAAGAACAAAGUAUCAUCGAUGUCCUAAAGCGCGCAGAUGUCAUCCUGAUUAACAACCAGGCUUUCACUCCACAACUCAAUAACGAGUUGAUCAACCACUUCCUGGACAUGAAAGAGGGUUGCCAGAUCGUGUCCCUCAAGUCAUUUGUCCCUGCAGCCCAUAAGAUCCAGUCUCGGAAUCUAAACUCGCCCAUUAAUCUUCUCAAGGUAAAGCAGAGGGAAUAUUGGUCCAACAGUGUCAGCUGGACCGACGUUGGUGGCACUUACUUCAUCGCUACCAAAGACAGCUCUAGGUUGAGAGCUUUUGCAGAGAGCAUGGGUUGA